AUGCGGCGCGGGACGAUGCGCGGGCUCGCGUCGGCGGCCGCGGCGGGGGCGACGCUGUCGGGGCUCACCGACGCGCUGCUGGCGGCGCGGCUCGCGAACCACCUGCUCACCACGCCGCACAUCCCGCCCGAGCUCCUGCCCGCGGCGCCGCUGCCGCUCCCGGUGCGGCUCCACGUGCUCCGCCACCCGGCGCUCCCGCCGACGUCCAAGCUGUCGUUCUUCCUCGCCGCCACGCCGCCGUCCUGCCCGCUCCUCGGCGCGACCUUCCCGGUCCUCGUCCGCGCGCUCGCCAGACACUCCCCUCCCCUCCUCGACGCGCUCCUCCCGUUCGCGCGCUCCUCCUCGUCGCCCUCCGAGCUCCUCCCCGCUCUGCUCUCCGCGCUCCUGUCCGCUUCCCGCGUCGACGCCGCGCUCGCCCUCCUUGACGCCGCUCCGGCUGACCUCCUCCCCCGCCUCGCCUCCGCCGCGCUCCCUUCCCUCAUCGGCUCCCCUGACCCCGUCUCCGCCGUCCCCGCCAUCCGCAGGCUGCUUCCCAUUGCCUCCCACCCGCCACCCGUCCGAGCCACCAACCGCCUCCUUCUCGCCUUGUCCAAAGAGAACCUCUACGAUGACUUCCGUCACGUGUUCGACGAAAUGUCGACGAGAGGCCUCCCUUCCAACAUAAGGUUCUACAACAUUUGCAUCCACGCGUUUGGCAAGUGGAGGAGGCUGGAUAUGUCGCUAAAGCUUUUUGCAGCUAUGAAGGCGGCAUCUCCUCCUCUUUUGCCAGAUAUAUGCACAUACAAUUCGCUCAUCCGGGCGCUUGUGGUUGGUUCAAGGUUGGCUGACACUUUAGUGGUGUAUGAUGAGAUGAAGUCAUCUGGGAUUGAACCGGAUGUGUUCACCUACCGAGCUAUCGUAGAUGGGUGCUGCAAGAGCUUUAGGAUGGAUGAUGCUUUACGCUUGUUCCAGGAGAUGCGAGGGAGUUUUGGGGUGAAGGGGGAUGUGGUGGUGUACAACUCACUUCUGGAUGGUCUGUUCAAAUCUAAGAAGCUGGAUGAGGCAUGUGGUUUCUUUGAGACAAUGGUGGCGGAUGGUAUUCAAUGCUCAGCAAGCACACACAACACACUGAUUGAUGGGCUAUUCAAGAAUGGGAGGGCAGAAGCAGCAUGCCGGUUGUUCUAUGAUUUAAGGAGGAAAGGCCAGCUCUUUGAUGGGAUUGCAUAUAGUAUUAUGGUGAGGGAGUUUUGCAAGGAAGGCAAGGGGGACCAAGUUGCAGAGGCUGUAGAGUUAGUGAAGGAAAUGGAGGAGCGAGGGUUUGCUGUUGAUUUGGUCACAAUAACAUCAUUACUGAUAGGGUUUAACAAGAGUAGGCGCUGGGACUUGGAAGAGCAGAUAGUUAAGUUUAUUAGAGAUAGCUCUAUACUGCCGGAUGCCAUUCGAUGGAAGUCAAACAUGAUGUCUGCCUUGCGAGGACCACAGGACAGAGAGAAAGAUGGGACAUCACUUUUUCCCUUUGAUGGAAAUAUGGAUGAUGUGAUGAGUUUGGUCAAUCCCGUGGUAUGCACAGAUGCAAAUGAAGAAACACCAAAAGAUGAACCCAAAGAUGAUUGGUCCUUGUCGCCGCACCUGGAUCAUCUUGCUAAAAAUGCUGAUCGUUUGGAUAAUUCUGCUAUAUUCACAAUGCACAGGGGGCGGAGGGUGCAAGGUAUGGGGGCCAAGACAUUUGAUGCUGAUAUGGUUAAUACAUAUAUGUCCAUAUUUUUAUCAAAAGGGAAGUUGAGUGUAGCUUGCAAGUUAUUUGAAAUCUUUACAACUCUGGGAAGGAAAGGGACAAGUUAUACAUACAACUCAUUGAUGACCUCAUUUGUCAAGAAAGGGUAUUUGAAACAGGUGUGGGCGAUUCUUCACGAGAGAGGUGGGCAGCUCUGCCCCAAUGAUAUAGCUACAUACAAUCUGAUCAUUCAAGGCCUUGGUCAGAUGGGAAAAGCGGAGGUUGCUCGCUUGAUUAUUGGUGAAUUAUCAAAGAAAGGUGUUUAUAUGGAUAUCGUUAUGUAUAACACAUUGAUCAAUCAAUUGGGAAAGGUCGGGAAGGUUGACGAAGCAAACUCUUUGCUUGAGCAGAUAAUUGGGAGGGGCAUAAAACCAGAUGUUGUCACUUUUAAUACAUUGAUCAAUAUUAAUGCGAAAGCUGGUAGAUUAAAGGAAGCUGACAAGUAUUUGAGAAGGAUGAUUGCAGAAGGAAUUGCUCCAAACUAUGCCACAGAAACAAUAUUGGUUUUCCUUGAUAAGGAGAUUGAAAGGAAAAGGCAACAGCCUAGAUGAAGUGAUGAAAAUACCAAACAUCAUGAAACAUCUUAGUUAUUAAGAAAGGUGGUUUGGCGAAACGGCAUAUUUGAUGACAUUUGAGAGGGAUUCUCCAGUGCUAUUGCUCACCUACUAAGCUGAUGUAAAACUCUACAAGCUUUGCCUCGUCAACCAUGUCAGGCUACUUGUCACAUUCAACCAAACUUCAUGUGACAGGAGUCAAGAAGAACAGGUCCUAGAGAGAAGAUGCAGUCCACCAACCACAAAAGCAAAAUUAGAGAAGAGAGAUUGUACUUGUUGAUACUUAAGCAAUUGUUCUGCGAAGCUGGUUUUCCAUUUAAUAUAGUAACAGUCCCUAUGUUUCACCUCUGCUGGAUGCAAUUGGAGGCUAUGACCUUCAGAUUUGUUAUGCAUUUUUUGUCAGAAGAGUUGCUAUAGGCAUGGUUCGCCACUUCUACAGAAGAGGAGAAACUGGCCAUUGGCACUAGAAGAGCAAACCAGACCAUGGCCACAUUGUUGACGUCAACAGAACAAAUAUUUUGGCAUGGUUAUGCAGCCCACAUCACAAACCCCAAGCUAGGAGAUAUUGGGCUGCACCUGGUGUGACUAGCAUAACCUUCAAGGCAACGGCAGUUUGAUGGAUGCAAAUAAAUAAAUUUGCUCUCUGGUUUGAUAACAAAGGACAAGUGCAACGUUUUCAAAGCGUGAUUUGGUCAUUUGGAUGACAUGAAAAGUUAUGGGUUAGGAUGGUCGGUUGUAGCUUCUAGCUAAUGUGUUGCCCACGCUGCCAUGUAUAGGACGAAUCGACGCAACUAGUGUCAUUUUUGCUGUUCUUCUGUUGUAGUUCUCUGUAAUCUUUUGUUAACAUCUGUGUUGUUACGGGAAAUUAGGCUAGUUUCUUUUGAAAGAAAACACAGUGGACUAACAAAAGAAUACUGUCGACAGAGCUAUUUUUUAUACUAUCAACUCAGCUAUAUGCUAGAGCUCAAGAAACCGACCAUUUCAGUUGAUUUACAAAUCAUUCAUCACACUGUUGCUAGCGUGUAACUCUUGGUCCAAUUUUAUUUAGGAUUAAUCUUA